ACCUUCGGGACCGCAGCGACAGCAGCGCUCGACGAACAAAACACACGAAGCUAAAGACGAUAUCCAUCGCUAAUCCGGCCCGCACCGCCGACAGAAUCCGCACAACGCUCGCAAUGGGAGGAACCGGACUGACUGCGCUCUCUCUGCUCGCCCUGCUGCAUUGUUUCACCGGUGGCGAUGCCAUCAAGUGUUCGAUGCGUGGAUUCUGCGACGCCGAAAAGAAGCUACCCUGUGCCUACUUCGGAAAGCCUAAAGCUAUUGAGAGCGCCGAAGCACGCAACGCCUUCACGCAAGUCUGCGGCGACUACUUCAAGGAGCCCACCGAACUGCUCUGCUGCGAUGAGGCUCAGAUCGCGGAGCUAGUCGAACAGUUCAAGACCGUCGAGAGCCUUGGGCUGCGGAAAUGCGAGGCCUGCUACGCCAACUUCCAGAAGGUCCUCUGCAACAUGGUCUGCUCACCGCACCAGGGAGAUCACGUCCAACUCAUCCAACGCCACGACAACCAGAACCACGACACCGUCGACGCCAUCAAGUACUUCGCCGACUACAAGCUGCUUCGCGGCCUGUACGGCUCGUGCAUGAACGCCAAAAAAGUCAUUCAGUUCCUGCCGCUGUCCUCCAACAUUUGCGGCAAGGACUACCAGAACUGCACCAUGAACCUGUGGUUCGGCGCUUUGGGCAAGAAGAAGGCCGGUCUGUCUUCUGUGGAUGUUACCUACGUUCCACUGGUCCAAGACGCCACGUUCACCGAUGUGAGGGAGUACCGUGCCUUUAAGGACGUCGCGUUCGGCUGCAACGAGACCGUCGCCGGCAAGACGUGCUCGUGUGAAGACUGCGAAGCCCUCUGUCAGGAUGCCAACGAUUCCCAGCUUUCCAACCCAGACGCAUCGUUCGUUGCUCCGGACCCUGCGGCCCUUCCACCAUCGGCCCCCGCGUCAACGGGAGGGUCUGCCGAGCCCGCGAUUACCGUAUGAGCGGUACUCUUCCGAAGAUUUGUUAGGCUUAAUCGUCACAUCGCGCCCAUGCGGUUUCUUAGCGCCUCCUCCCAUGGGACCAGCUGUUGAGUCAGAAAGCCAAACCUCGAUCCUCAAAUGCGGAGUGGUCUUGUAGUGGGCACAAAAAAAAAAGUUAGUUAACCUUUUGUCAGAAUUAAUAGUUUAAUUGUUAACUUUCAUGUUACGACUACUCUCCUAUCGUCUGUUAAUUAAUCAGCCUGCAAGCUAAAAGACACCUUGUGAAUUUGAAGAUCAUUCUGACGUGUCUCGAUGCAUUUUAGAAAGACGCUACAGGCUACUCGCUGGUUUGUCAUGGCGCAUAAUUCCACUCAUCGUGUAGCAUAAUCCAGAAAUAAGAGUGGCCCAUAAGCCUACAAGUCUUGUCAAGCGCACACAGUGAACUUUUUUGUUAUUGUAUUUGUCACAUUUAUUGUGCCAUAAUAUAUUAUUUGAUGAAAUAAGUGUACGUUCCGGCGCGCUUGUUUUAGUGAUCCCAUAUUGCAAAACGUCUACCACGUGCAAUACCAAAUGUGUUUAUUGAAGAACGCCAAUAAAUUUGUAGUCCAUGUAAA